AUGAAUGCGGGAGAGUUUUUGGCUCAAACACUCUCGCCAGAUGCAAAUGUGCGUCUAAACGCGGAAAAGCAGCUAGAAAAUGCUGCCCGUACUGACUUUGCUCAGUACAUGCUCUUGCUCACUCAGGAACUGGCUAAUGAAAGUUCUGCCUCAUACAUUCGUAUGGCUGCUGGUUUGGCGCUGAAAAAUUCGAUAACUGCACGGGAGGCUGCUCGUAAAGUAGAAUAUGAACAACUAUGGCAAUCACUACCCAUUGAAGUGAAGCACCAAGUAAAAAUUGGUGCAUUACAAACGUUGGCUUCUCAAGAACAUCAGGCUGGUCAAUCUGCUGCUCAAUUGGUUGCAGCUAUCGCCGCUUAUGAAUUAACACUCAAUCAAUGGCCCGAUUUGAUGGUUACUUUGGUUGCCAAUGUCGGAGAUGGUCAACCGUCGUCUCUCAAACAACACUCUUUACAAACCAUUGGUUAUAUCUCUGAGGCAGUUCCUUCCGAGAUUUUGUCCACACAAUCAAAUGCUAUUCUAACUGCAGUGGUUGCUGGUGCUCGCAAGGAAGAGCCGGACGUCGUCGUUCGCCUAGCUGCCUUAGGCGCUUUAUAUGAUUCUCUUGAAUUUGUUCGCGAUAACUUCAACAAUGAAGCUGAACGUAACUAUAUCAUGCAAGUGGUUUGCGAGGCCACACAAAGUCCCGAAGCCCCCGUUCAAACCGCUGCUUUUGGAUGCUUGGUCAAAAUCAUGCACCUUUACUAUGAUUUAAUGCCAUUUUACAUGGAGAAGGCUCUUUUUGCUCUUACAACUCAAGGGAUGUAUAAUCCGAAUGAACAGGUUUCUUUGCAGGCUGUUGAGUUUUGGAGUACCGUUUGUGAAGAAGAAAUCGAAGUUAAUCUUGAAGUUCAAGAGGCCCAGGAACUCAACGAAGAGCCCUCUAGGGAAAAUCAUGAGUUUGCUAGAGCAGGAGCAGCUGAUAUCUUACCGGUUUUGCUUGAACUCCUUUGUAAGCAAGACGAAGAUGCCGACGAGGACGACUGGAAUAUUUCCAUGGCUGCUGCCACUUGCUUACAACUUUUUGCUCAGGUGGUAGGUGAUCUUAUUGUGAAUCCUGUUUUAGUUUUCGUUGAACAAAACAUUCAGUCCCCUGAUUGGCACCAACGUGAGGCGGCUGUGAUGGCAUUUGGUUCAGUCCUUGAAGGCCCCAAUGUUGCCAUGCUUACUCCUUUAGUUAAUCAGGCUUUGCCUGUUCUCAUUCACAUGAUGAAAGAUCCUGUGAUUUUUGUAAAAGAUACUACAGCUUGGGCUUUAGGACAGAUUUCAAAUUUUGUUGCUGAAGCUAUAAAUCCCGAAGUCCAUCUUCCGGAACUUGUCACUGCUCUUUUGACUGGCCUUACUGACAGUCCCCGUAUUGUCGCUAAUUGCUGCUGGGCUUUUAUGAAUCUUGUUUGCCAUUUCGCACCUGAGGACAGUCAUGACAUGUCUUUAAUGACACCCUUCUACGAAGCUAUAAUUGCAGCUUUACUUCAUGUUACUGAUCAAAAAGGAAAUGAGAGUAAUUCCAGGACUUCAGGAUACGAAACUUUAAGCACAUUUAUUACGUUUAGUGCUGACACCGCUUUACCGAUUAUAGCCAAUGUGUUGACGGUAAUAAUGUCUCGCUUAGAAAUUUCUAUACAAGUACAAAAUCAAAUUUUGGACAUUGAAGAACGUGCUAAUCAUGAUGAGCUUCAAUCUAAUCUUUGUAACGUUAUUACUAGCAUAAUUCGUCGUUUUGGACCUGAUAUCAGAUCAACAUCUGAUCAAAUCAUGACUUUAUUACUACAAACUAUGCAAACUGCACCUAAGCAAUCGGUAGUCCACGAGGAUGUGCUGUUAGCUGUUGGUGCUAUGAUGAAUUCUUUAGAGGAACAAUUCGAAGUAUAUGUUUCUUCUUUUGCUCCUUAUUUAUCCAUCGCUUUGAGCAAUGAGCAAGAGUAUCAGCUAUGCUCCGUUGCUGUUGGUUUGGUUGGCGACUUGGCUCGUGCUCUGAACACGAAAAUUCUACCAUAUUGUAAUGAAUUUAUGACUAUCUUGGUUCAGGAUUUACAAAGCUCUGUAUUGGACCGUAAUGUCAAGCCUGCUAUUCUUUCGUGCUUCAGUGACAUUGCACUAGCAAUCGGUGCUGCUUUUGAAACCUAUUUGGAAGCCGUAAUGGUCCUGUUACAGCAAGCGUCGUCGGUUCAAGCACCACCUGGAGCUAGUUUUAGCAUGAUUGAUUAUGUAGAUGCUUUACGUUUGGGAAUCGUAGAGGCAUUUGUUGGUAUCACCCAAGCUGUUCGCACUGAUAAUCGUUUAGACUUAAUUCAGCCUUAUGUACAUAGCAUGUUUGCAUUGUUGCAUAUGAUUACCAAAGAUCGCGAGCGCACGGAAUCCUUAACACGUGCGGCAUUGGGCCUGUUGGGAGAUUUGGCUGAAUCAUUUUCCGGUGGUCAAUUGAAAGAAUAUUUCGCAGCAGACUGGAUAACGGAAUUGCUAAAUUCUGGAAAAACGAAAUUCUGUACUCAACAAACCAAAGAUAUUUCUCGUUGGGCAACAGAGCAAAUUAAACGUCAAGCCAGAUUUUAG